UGUUUCUGGUCCAGUUUCUCUUUCAGCAUUUAUUCCAUGUAGUCCAUCCAGGGACAAUUUUUAACAUUUUUUUAAGAAAGGGAAUUCUAAAUGUGUUCUGGAACAUUUUGAAAAGAGAUUUUAUCCAGUGUACAACUCCUAAUAAUCAAAAUGUAUAUUUUAUGUCAUUUAUAUGUUUUUUAACCUAUUUAUUUUCCUUUAUUCUUUUGCUCACAGUAAAUUUUGCAUGGAGCUUCAGUAUUUCUGGCAUGUAAACAUUAUUUAUAAAAUAAGUUAUAGUUGUAAUUAUUUUUCUCCUGCCUCCUUUUAUUUUUAUUCAUGUUUUUUAUUACAGAAAUGAGCCGUCAGACUGCAACAGCAUUACCUACUGGAACCUCAAAGUGUACACCGUCACAAAGGGUGCCUGCCCUGACGGGCACAACUGCGUCCAACAAUGACUUGGCGAGUCUUUUUGAGUGUCCGGUGUGCUUUGACUAUGUGUUACCACCCAUUCUUCAAUGUCAGAGUGGCCAUCUCGUUUGUAGCAACUGUCGCCCAAAGCUCACAUGUUGUCCAACUUGCCGGGGCCCAUUGGGAUCCAUUCGCAACUUGGCUAUGGAGAAGGUGGCCAAUUCAGUACUUUUCCCUUGUAAAUAUGCCUCUUCUGGAUGUGAAAUAACUCUGCCACACACAGAAAAAGCAGACCACGAGGAGCUCUGUGAGUUUAGGCCUUAUUCCUGUCCGUGCCCUGGUGCUUCCUGUAAAUGGCAAGGCUCUUUGGAUGCUGUGAUGCCCCACCUGAUGCAUCAGCAUAAAUCCAUUACAACCCUGCAGGGAGAGGAUAUAGUUUUCCUUGCUACAGACAUUAAUCUUCCUGGUGCUGUUGACUGGGUGAUGAUGCAGUCCUGUUUUGGCUUUCACUUCAUGUUAGUCUUGGAGAAACAGGAAAAAUACGAUGGUCACCAGCAGUUCUUUGCAAUUGUACAGCUGAUAGGAACACGCAAACAAGCUGAAAAUUUUGCUUAUCGACUUGAGCUAAAUGGUCAUAGGCGGCGAUUGACUUGGGAAGCAACUCCUCGAUCUAUUCAUGAGGGAAUUGCAACAGCCAUUAUGAAUAGUGACUGCCUAGUCUUUGAUACCAGCAUUGCACAGCUUUUUGCAGAAAAUGGCAAUUUAGGCAUCAAUGUAACUAUUUCCAUGUGUUGAAAUGGCAAUCAAACAUUUUCUGGCCAGUGUUUAAAACCGUUGCAUUCAAUUUCGCAGAGAAUAAGGCACCCAUCUGCCUGCCAACCUGAACCUGUCGGUAGGUGGAGGCUAGACACAUGAAGGUAAAUAAAAGGAAAGGCUGUUAAAUACAGGAAGCAGUUGCAUGUAGUAACACUAAUAUAUUUAAAAAUGUCAACAGUAAACCACUGAAAAAAUAUAUAUAUAUAUAUACACCCAAGAUGGGCAUCUUUUGUAUUAAGAAAGGAAGCCUUGUAAAAUAAUUCUGAAUUUGUGUUCAUUGUAGGUCGAGUGUACUGUUGAAAAAUAUUGGGGUUUUUGUUUUUUGUGUGUGCGCGCGAGUUUGCGUGUGUGCGUGUGCGUAUUUGUUUUUUUUUCCUUUAACUGACAAGCCAUGUUGAGUGGUCUUGGACCACUGCUUUUCCCCUUCGUCAGUCAAUACAUAGUGCUGCUGUGUGUGUAUAUUUUUUUUGUGUGUAUUUGCUAAUUUUUAUUAAUUCUAGUUUUUCAUUAAAUAAAUUUGACUUUCUUUUCUGUAAUUCAGGUUCUUCCUCACUUUUUUUUGUACCUUUUUAAAAUUAGUGUCUUUUUGAUAUGUAUAAUUGUUUAUGGUAAAGCUUAUACAUAUGUGUUUGAUACAUAUUUUCUUUUCCCUCAUUAAUCAGUUCAUUAGAAAUAUUUUAAAUUCAGCUAUUUUGUGAAGAUAUGAGUUCCAGAAAGGAAAGGUAACAUCAGAAGAAUUAUCAAAAGCUAUUCAAAGCAGCUAUCAGAUGGUCUCUCUUUUUUUUCCCCCCAUUUGAGUCAUACUUUCAAACUUAUUCUUUGAAAGGUUAGGGAAUACUGAUUUUUUUUUAAAUACUGGAAAAAAAAUCAGGCUCUCUUUUUCUUUUUUUCCCAAAUAUAGUGGACAAAUUACAUGUUUAAAAUUUGUUCUUCUAUUUAUUGGUUUUGCAAAAGAAGGCAUCAUCUUACACAGUAUUUGUAAUUAAAAGCAAAUCAUUUGUUUAAAAAAAAGGCAGUUUGCAAAAAAAAUGUUUUUGGUCUUUUAUAAUUCUCAUUAAAAGAAGAUCUGGCAAAUUAAAAA